UUCCCACCAUCACGAUAUCUCCAACUUCCACUCCUUUCUCUCCUUCACACUGACUUUCUGCCUUUGUGUUUUGUGUCCCUGCACAUCAAACCAUUCUCUUUGACUUCUGGCCCCCUGGUUCAAUUCCUUCAUCCUCGGGAGUUUUUCCUAAAUCCCUCCCCCACUAUACUCUCCCCACUUGGUUUCCCCUAAUAUAGGAUUUCAUUCUUUUUCCCCUCUUCUUUUAGUUGAUCGCUUUCCCUCCUGAUCCGUCAGGAGCAUCCUUUUUCUAGCCCAUGUGGAAGCAUCGACCGUCUUCCAGAUCGGAUUCUAAGUCUGGGAGUAUCGAUUCAAGUUCCGAGCGUGGCUUCUUUGGUCGUCCUAAGAAGAGGUCUCCGCCGUUUCUUUCUCGGCCAGAGUCCCCCACUCGCUCGCCAUUUCGGUCCUUGCGCUCAUUCGCUCGCUCAGAACGACCGGAUAGUAGGUUCUCUAAUCACACUGGCACUUCCCGGCCUCGCGCAUCUUCAAUUGUCACUAGUGGUUCCCUGUACCCUGAUCAUCCAGGUUCUGACUGGCAGUCGAAUUCAGUCAAUCAAUCGUCCCAAGCGUCAUUCAAUUCCGGAUCUGGCAGGCCAAUGGCAGGCUUAAUGGAUGUUGACCGCACCCGGUCCCGGAGGGACAGGACUUUUGUGGGCAGUGAGUGCGCUGUUUGUGAAGAACCGCUAGAACAUACCCUGCGGGGCGAGCGUGUUCUACAAUUUUCUUGCACGCACGUAGCGCAUGAAGCCUGUUUCUACGAGUUCAUUCGGGAGUUUGAGGGUCAAUAUUGUCCUACCUGCGACGCACCCUUGGGGUUGGAUACUAGCCGUGGGGGGAAUGUGCUAGACCUCGAGAAACUUAGCAAUAUGGUGCGCUCAGUAACCAGCGAUGCCGCUACGCAACGGAGUGGCACGACUGGGGCUACUGCGCCGUGGGAUCAAAGCACGAACGUGAGCCGUGGCCGGCUACCCAGUGAUGCAGGGAGCAGGCCGUAUAACCGCGAUAGUCGCGAUAUCUACGCCCGACGGGAUAGCCGUGAUACGGGUGACCAUCGUGAACGAAUCGAGCGUCUGACAUCUGGAUCCCGCCAGCAACAUUCUCGGAACGGUAGCGCCGCUGGGUCAUCGGGCGACUACAACGACGCCCAGCAUCCAAACGGAAGACGACAUGACUAUGACCUCCAAGCCAUGGAGUCCGAAUUGAGCCCUCGCGCGGGCUCCACGAAGAACCCUAUCCCAGCCCCAACUAUGACCAUCCGGAGCGAAUUUCCCACCCUCAACCGGUCCCGUCAACAACAGCCUUUGACAUGUCUAAUCACAGUCGAAGUUCCGGAAGGCUGGCAUCCGGACACCGGUGAUCUACCCCACACGUCGUCUGGCACGCCGCAACCUCAGGAUGAGCCUUACAGUAUGAUGAGAUUUCCUGCCCCCCAUGAGUCGCGACCAUCUCCAUACGAACCACAGGAGAAUUUGAACGAGAUCGCAGAGGAACUGAGGACGAAAGUGGACAACUGGCAUGGCCUUGAAUUUCAACGGUUCGGAAAACUUCGCUUGCAUGGGCAAAUGCGGGUGGGUAAAGAUCGCGAGUCCUGGCAAGACCUGCAAUGCUAUCUGUUCGCGGAAAUGCUUAUCUGCAUUAAAGAGAAGAAGGUGCAAGACCAUCACCGGCAAUAUGACGAUAAGUCUCGACACACAAGGUGUACACUCAAAGGCUCGAUUUUGAUAAAAAAGCAUCUCAAACAUAUCGACGCCGAUCCAGAUGAGCCCGUUCUUACUCUGAGUUUGUCCGUCAGCGAACUUCCAUGCUUUUAUCUAAAUUUCCAGAAUCGGAAUCAGUUGGAAAUCUGGCGUCGUGCUCUUCUCGAUCUCCACCAAUUCGAUUCUCUGCCCCGCGGUGCCGACUAUGACCUAGACAACUCAGGAGCAGAGGAGGAAGACUUCCGGAACAGCCAGGUGAAGCGGCAGGCAUCGUUGAACUCUUCAUACGGGGCGGCUCGGUCGAAUAAUACCGCUAUCACCGACUACACGAACGUGGCUCUAGAGAGUUCGCCUAGCCCAUCUUUACACAUCCCUCUUGAUAUUGUAGCAGUGAUUCCAGUGUCGUCCUCUAUGCAGGGUUUAAAAAUUACGCUCCUGCGCGACGCUCUCAAGUUCCUUGUGCAGAACCUUGGCCCGCGAGACCGUAUGGGAUUGGUGACAUUUGGGUCUAGUGGUGGUGGGGUUCCUCUGGUAGGAAUGACAACGAAGUCUUGGGGAGGAUGGGGCAAGAUCUUGAAUUCUAUCCGCCCCGUUGGCCAGAAGAGCCUUCGUGCCGAUGUGGUCGAAGGCGCUAACGUGGCCAUGGACCUACUGAUGCAACGGAAGCUGUCCAACCCUAUCUCCACAAUCCUAUUGAUCAGUGACUCGUCUACCUCUGACCCAGAAAGCGUGGAUUUCGUUGUGUCUCGAGCAGAAGCUGCCAAGGUUAGUAUUCAUUCAUUCGGCCUUGGACUGACCCAUAAGCCGGACACCAUAAUUGAGCUCUCGACUCGGACAAAAGGAUCGUAUCUUUAUGUUAAGGACUGGAUGAUGCUCCGUGAAUGUGUUGCAGGCUGCUUGGGAGCUUUGCAAACAACUUCUCACCAGAAUGUGAAAUUGAAACUCCGUCUUCCAGAAGGUUCCCCGGCGAAAUUUGUGAAAAUUAGCGGAGCUCUUCAUACGACCAAGAGGGCUACUGGCCGCGACGCGGAGGCGGCCCUCGGAGAUCUAAGGUUUGGUGAUAAGCGGGAUAUCUUGGUUCAGCUUGUUAUUCAACCCGACAAUUCUUCCCAUGAAAAUAUGCCCCAAGACCCUUGGGAGAGUCUGGUCUCUGGAUUGGAAGCCCUCGGUGGCGGGUCUGAUGGAGAUGAACAGCGAAUACUUAGCGUUGAGGAGGUCCCAUUGAUCCAAGCAGAUCUUACUUAUGGAGACCUUCUCCGUGAUGGCCAUUUAACGCAUUCGCCGCGGCCAUCGCUUUUGGCGAUUACUAUGCUUCCACCAAACCCCAGGUCUAAACAUUCUAGUCGACCAAUGACACCCCCUAUCCCUCCACAUCCCUCCAUUGUCCAGCGACGCAUGGAGCUCCUUACGUCCGAUAUGUUAACCAGAGCCUUAACUCUGGUAUCGCGUGGCCACCAUGAUCGUGCGCAGCACUUACUGGUUGAGACCCGUAGUAUCCUUAAGGGUCUCGGUAAAGGAAGCCUUCCCCCACUUCCACCUGGCGCUGUUAAGCCUUCAAGUAUCAGUGAUUCUGGCAGCAGAGGUGACACGCCAGCGUCUACCUCUCCUAGGUCUUCUAGCUACAACGACAGUCACUCAAUGGCUUCAGAUACGGCCACGAUUGCGCCAGUUGCCGCGGUUGACAUGCAGACCAUGCAGGCGCUAGAUGGUGACUUACAAGCGGCACUGGAGUGGAUCAAUCAUCCUGCGGUGUUUGGCCGGGAUUCACGCAAGGCUGUGCUACAGGGUAUCGGCGUGAUCUCGUCGCAGCGGGCGUAUACCUUCCGGUCGCCCUCUGAGGCGCACUGGGCCCAGCGGGUGACCGGAGUCCGACGACUGACUGAACGGUCAAAAGAUUGGCGUGAGACCGGCGAUGACGCAUUGACUGAAGAAUAAAUGCAUCGACAUGACUCCCAUUCCUAUUUUCAUUAUUCAAUUCAUGUUUAAUUUCCCCUUGUUUCCUUGUUGAGUGGCUACUAAUAUUCUUCCCCCCCCUCUUGAUUGUUUAUGAUACCACUUUGUUCACCAUGACUGUGCAGCAUGAUACCACGGGUUUGGUUCUUUGUAAUAUUUCUAUCUGAUCUUUCUGGUUAGAUACCUGCGUAUAAAUCAGCUUAUAUUGUUAAUAUUGGACGGUGGACAGGGAUCUGGUUGCAUCUGGAUGAUUUACGCCUUCUUUGCUUGGUUUCUUGUUUGGGCGGUCGUGAGAUGGGGCUCGUUUAAACUAAUUCUAGACGCUACUGUGUAAUUCUUUGUCUCAAGCUCUUUGCGGUAUACUUGAUAAAUAAACUCUCAAAUUCUGGCCAUGAAAUGAUAUUUUUUCCUUAUCGCC